CCCUGCGGCGGCGGCGGCAGCGAGGCGAGAGCCGGGGCCGGGGGCGGCGGCGCCCGCAGCCCGCCCGCCACCAACAUGCCCUUUGACUUCAGGAGGUUUGACAUCUACAGGAAGGUGCCAAAAGACCUUACACAGCCAACCUACACAGGGGCCAUUAUCUCUGUCUGCUGCUGCCUCUUCAUACUGUUUCUCUUCCUGUCUGAGCUCACCGGAUUCAUAGCCACUGAAAUAGUUAAUGAACUCUAUGUGGAUGACCCAGACAAAGACAGUGGAGGUAAAAUAGAAGUGAAUUUGAACAUCAGUUUGCCAAACCUGCAUUGUGAAUUGGUUGGACUAGACAUCCAAGAUGAAAUGGGAAGGCACGAAGUGGGUCAUAUCGACAACUCGAUGAAGAUCCCUCUCAAUAAUGGGGAUGGCUGCAGGUUUGAGGGCCAUUUCAGCAUCAACAAGGUCCCUGGGAACUUUCACGUGUCGACGCACAGCGCCACUGCACAGCCCCAGAACCCCGACAUGACUCACGUCAUCCACAAGCUCUCCUUUGGGGACAAGUUACAGGUCCAUAACGUUCACGGAGCAUUCAAUGCCUUGGAGGGAGCAGACAAGCUCAGCUCAAAUCCCCUUGCAUCUCACGAUUAUAUACUGAAGAUAGUCCCGACGGUGUACGAAGACAUGAGCGGGAAGCAGCGAUACUCCUACCAAUACACAGUAGCAAACAAGGAGUAUGUAGCCUACAGCCACACCGGCCGCAUUAUCCCAGCCAUCUGGUUUCGUUAUGACUUGAGCCCCAUCACAGUGAAAUACACAGAGAGGCGACAGCCUUUGUACAGGUUUAUCACGUCGAUAUGUGCCAUCAUUGGAGGAACAUUUACUGUAGCUGGGAUCCUGGACUCCUGCAUUUUCACAGCAUCAGAGGCCUGGAAGAAGAUCCAGCUGGGGAAAAUGCAGUAGCAGUGAAACUCUACCCUCGUCUCAAAGGACAGGAGAAAAGAUAGAGAAAUCUACCACUACCUGUUUUUGUCUUUAUUUUCUAUUUGAUUGAAUCAGUAUGUUUUUCUCUAAUCAGGCUGUUCAGUGAAGAUGUCUUCAACAAAUCAAAGAAAUCUCAUGCAUUUCAGAGCUCUGAGAGGGAAAAAUCAGUGGAAUCAGGGUGUGGAUUUCGAUUCCCUCCCCCCAGAAAGAGAGGUUGAAAUGCCAUAUAUGAAAUACACCGUCAGCUCUAAAUAAGGACAGCAGGGUGUUCUCUGGGAGGUUCCUGUGGCAGUGUACAAACUAGGUAGUAGAUUGCAAAGAGUUGAACUGUCUUGUGGCACUUUUUGGAGUUCUGUUGGAUUUGCAUGAUUAGACAAUCGACUUUUGUAUAGGGCAAAAUUAUACAUUAGGAAGAAAUUCCACCCAUGGUGCCAAAAAGGUGAUGUAUCUGUUGGUGAGGAAUGGAAAGUGUUAGUCCCCAUGGCAAACUUUAGAGACAGAGGGCAUAAAUAACAUCAGGAAAUGUUUUGUGCUUUUAUUGAAAGCUCAGUUGUUCAGAUACAACCUUUCAAUGAAGUGGACAAACAAGAAGAGGAAGCCUUCUCCCAGCUGCCUUUUCGUGGGUAACCUGUGAUCCCAGCAGUGGAGGGCAUUUCUUUUACUCUGGAUUUAAAAGUGGUUUCAUUUCUUCCCAGAAACUGAAUAUCCAGUCUUGUGUUUACAGGUGGCAUGAAGUAAAAACCAAACUGAGCAACACAGUUUUAUGUGGCCUUUGCUUUGAAAGGGAAUUGUUGUCUUUACAACAUAAGCUUUUAUUUUUUUCUUAUGUUUUUAAACACAGACCACCCAACAGUCUGGAUUCUCCACUUCUGCUUUAUUAUUAUUGCUGUUGUUUUGUUGAAAAGAGGUAGUAUAUUCUCUGUGCUCAGAAAAAUGGUGCAGCCUUCUGGGUGGAUGAGCACAGCUUCCUUCUUGCAUUAUGUGUGUAUAUUCAGUACACCUGUUAAACACAGGAAAUCUGACUUUCCAGGAUUUAAGGUGCCUCCCUUUUCCUUAAAAACUCAGUCAGGAAUCUUUUCUGAGCCCUGGGCUGACACUGUUCUCCCACAGGUACAGCAGUAGCAGGGCAGCAUUCCCACAGGCUGGCCCCUGCUUGGAGUUUUGUUCUAUUGCUUAAAAUGGUACCUGAGCUUCCCUGUCCAUUCCUUCAAGCCUUGUCUUCUGGGGUCUCCAAUAAAUGGAGGUGUGAGGGGAAAACUGCUGCCAGAUGUGACUUGCAUGUCAUGGUGGACAUGAGUUCACUAAAAUUAGACCAAAUGCCCACCAGUGCUUUUUCCAUGACCCCAUCCAUGUUCCUUGAGUAGUAACGGUCUCCGCAUGCGUUGUAAAUGUCUGAGCUGAGGACACGCAAAUUUUAAGUGUUCCAGGAUGGAUAAAAAUCAUAAAAUAAAAAUCCUUAACUCAAUGCUGUAAAUUCUAAGAUGGUUGCAGGGUUUCUCUUUGAUAAUAUCUACUGCCCCCUUUUCCUGGAGGCAAACAUUAUGCUGUAAUGAUAUGAAUCCUUGAAUAUUCAGUGUUAUUGUUAGAGUCAGAUGCAUUUCAAAACAAUUUUAAUACAUGUCUGUUGAAAUUGUCUCAUUGCUGUGGAAGUAGGGAAGGUGUAGCCAGUUUUAUCCAUGCACCAAAAAGAAGCAGCCAAUCAUCUGCCCUGUAGUGACUUGGGACAAACGACAGCAUUGGAAUUUUUCCCUGUUCUUAUUCUGGACUGAUUGCUAUGACUUUAGUUGUAAAUUGGAUUGUGUAACUUCCUGUAUCUGUUCAUGUAUGGAUAGAUUUUAUACAUUUUUUUCCAUUUACAAAAAUCAACUUGAAAAUGA